UUAGCCUCCUUCCUGACAUGUUGAAAUGUCAUGGUUGUUACCAAUGGAUUCCUUGGUCUCUGAAAGACAGUAAAGGUCUCAUGGGGUUAAAAGAAAGCUGUCUUGAUGUCUUUUGACUGUAGUGUCUCCUUGCCGUCCCUCCCCUGCUCCUCACAGGGACAACACACCUGUAUAAAGACGCUGGUGAAGUGCUGACGUCGUGCUUUGUAAUCUCUUUAUCUGCGCUGCUCAGCCAGCGUCUGAAAGUGGACAAAGAGCUAAUCUCUCUGGGAACAUUGGGUAACACCGUUGCAUAACCUUUCAUCUUCACAAAAGCCAAGAGAUCAACCUUCAGCUGCACAACACCGUCUCUCACACGGGUGUCUGCUUUGCUGACCCUGCAAACCAAAGCGUUCUGCUCAUAUAUACUGUGGAUACAAAUACAAUAUGCACAUUUUGUCGCCAUCCUUUGGGCCUCAUUUUUUGCCGUCCUGAACUGAUGUUAACCAUUUGAAAGGUUUGGCACAGACUCAAAUUAAAACAGGAUUAGAGUUCAUGACACCACCUUAAUCCUCAUCAGCUAGGAGCAGGAGAGGUUGAGGAUAGACAGAGGUGAGCUGUGAGAGGUGUGGCCAGGGAAGCUCUUACUGUCUGUCCACUUGACUGAUGACUCCCCCCCCCCCCCCCCCCCCCCCCCCCCCCCCCCUCCUGUGUCCUUGGCCAUCAGUGUGCAGUAGUCUGAUAGCGAGGACAGAGAAGGAAACAGUGACGACAUCGGUCAGCUCAGUUCUCUAAGGACCUUCUGCAAUGACUUUGGCACAAACUGUCAGACUUCCACAUGUAAGUGGAGAAAAUUCCUUCUUCUGGGUUCUACUGGGCCGAAAGAAGAACUUUCUCCUAUCGCUGCAUGCAGUGGAUUCUACAGCUGUGUUUUGAUGCAGAGGAACAGAUUGCUGACUUGAUGACCUUAUCUUCAGCCAGCUGCAGAAAUGCCUGGAGACGAGUACCAGGUGAAAAACACCAAGCGCCACCACAGCCUCUACAGCCUGACGGACAGCUCCGAAGUCGACCCAGACGAUGAGGAGGCCAACGCCCCGCUGCGCCCCACCCCCCUGCAGAAGCUCACCACCGACAUGUGCAAGGACGAGAAGACCAUCAAGGACCUGAUCAUAGGCCGCAGGGUGGGCUUCUACAAGGUCCGCGGGGAGAUCGGCUGCGGGACCUUUUCCAGGGUCAAACUGGCUUUCCAUGCUCUGACUAAAGACAAAGUGGCCCUGAAGAUCCUGGAUAAGACCAGGUUGGACAACCACGCCCACCGUCUGCUCUCCAAGGAGAUCAUCAGCAUGGAAUGCCUGCAUCACCCGAACGUGGUGUGUCUGUACGAGGUGGUGGAGACGCCGAGCCGCCUCUACCUGGUGCUGGAGUACGCAGGAGGAGGAGACCUCCACGACAGGAUCACCACCGAUGGAAAAAUGUCUGACAACAGCAGCAAGGUCACCUUCGCCCAGAUCCUUUCUGCCAUCAAAUACAUGCACAACAUCAACGUCAUUCACCGGGACCUGAAGGCGGAGAACGUUCUGUUCACCAGCACCGGCUGCGUGAAGGUCGCAGACUUUGGAUUCAGCACGCGGGUUUCAAACCACAAUGACGCCCUCGACACCUUCUGCGGUUCGCCACCCUACGCCGCCCCCGAGCUCUUCAUGGACGAGUGCUACCUGGGGGCCCCGGUGGACGUGUGGGCCAUGGGGGUCCUGCUUUUCUUCAUGGUGACCGGCAGUAUGCCGUUCCGCGCCGAGACCAUUGGGAAGCUGCGGCGCUGUGUCACCGCAGGCGCCUACACCAUCCCCCCCUGGGUGCCCGGCCCCUGCCAGAGGCUCAUCAAGGGCAUCUUGAAGGUGCCCCCCGUCGACCGCUAUGCCGUCGACCAGAUGCUGGGCUGCGAUUGGCUCUUACCCAUCCAGUUCCCCUGGACGUUGGUGCCUUCCGAACCGUCGAGCCCUCUGCAGGGCCUGCUGGACUCGCAGCGCGAGGACCUGGAGGAGGAGGUGGAGAAGGAGAUCAGGAGCUCGCUGGCGAAGCUCGGCUUCACCGCGGUGCACCUGCAGAACAAUCAGCUCAAAGACAGCCGCAGCCCCGUCACCGGGGUUUAUCGGAUCCUGCUGCACCGAGCCCAGAUGAGGAGGGGCUGCGACAGUCCUCCAGUGGUCCGGGGGAUGGUGAGGGACCCCAAGAGGGAGGGGCUCCGGACCUACAAGGGCCUCAGACACAGCUCCAAAUUUUGUGUCCUUUCAUAAAAGACUUUAUACAGACUUCUUUUAUACAAACAUGAAAUCAGUGGCAAAAGUGAUUUUUUUUAAGGUAAAUGUUAAAGUGCCUGAUGAAGUUAACCCUCUGAGACCCACAAUAGACCAGUUUUUGUCCAUUUUUAGGGGGGUACAGGGUGUCUUUAGCAGGUCAACAGUAGAUGUCA